GCACAGUUCGCAUUGAGACUCCGAACAGAGCGGCAGUCGCUCCAGUUGCAGUUGCAGAUAGAGAUACAAACACAACACAGAUACAACUACAGAUAUAGAUACAGAUUUAAGAUACAAAAUAUAGCUUCUUUGGCCAACUUUAAACCUCAACCAGUGCAAGAAAAAACAAGUGUGAAAAUGCCGUUCCCCAUCCAUCCGCCCAAGCAGAUGCCCUGCCCCCACUGGCAGCACUUCCCCAUCAGUCCCGUGGACAGUAAGCCGAAUCCCUUCGAUUCCGUGGGCGGAGCGGCGGCAGCGGCCACCCAGGUCAACAUAGGGGUUAACAAGCCACCGGAGCCGGUAUCCUAUCGCUAUUGUUUGCAGUGCAAGAACUCCGGCAAGGAGCCAACAAACCCCGCCGACAGAGAGUAGCCCCAAAAUCAUGGAGGUGACCCAUCAAUCCAAACAAUCAGCCAUCACCUGUAAUCAGCCACUUCAAUAGAGGACGCACUUGGCGAGCCAAUUGAAACGGGAAAUAAUCAUAGAAAUCACAGAACAAAGUUUUGAAUUCGUUUACAUCCCAUCCAAGCAAACCAUCAAACCAUUUUUUCUGUGCUGCUACUCAUAUUUUUCUAUAAAAAUGGAUCUGAAUUUAAAGGUUACACAUAAAACUAUAUAUUAAUACCAAAUUUCUUAAUUAAUAUCUGAUAUUUGCAAAACAGCGUAUUUAGUUAAUGUGAAUAGACGAUCAGACAUUAUUUUAAAUUAAUUUAAAUGCAUCAUUGCAUCAGGAAGUAAAUAUGCAUACAUAAGCAAUCAUUUGAUAAUUUAAUAUCAGGUCCAAACGCAGCCCAAUUUUUUUCUGUGUUGUUAUUAUUUAACCUAACCUAAGCACAUGUUUCAUUAAUUUUUUUGUUGCCCAUUUACACAGUGUUUCUUUCGAUAUAAUUAAGCUAAGCAUUUUGUACGUAUUUAAUUUGUAUUUAGAGCUAAAGACUACAGUUUAUACAUUUUAUGAAUUUAUGAAUUUUGUUUAUAUAUAUUUGUAUAAGAGAAGCGCAAAUAAACGCACGACGCAUUUAAAAAACGAGUUCUACACAAAUACACAAGCACUCCCCAAUAUACA